AUGGCAACGACAACGCAACAGCCCGAUGGAACCACCGCAAAGCCCGGACUUCGAAAGCCGAUGUUUGUGAAGGUUGAAUCUCUGAAGCCAGGGACCAACGGCCACACACUUGUCGUCAAGGUAUUGAAUUCCAAUACCGUACUCAACAAGAAGCCCCGCAAUUCGAUGUCGUCCCGUGGGCCCCAAAACCAGAACACCUCUAUUGCUGAGUGCCUUGUUGGUGAUGAAACUGGAACCAUCCUUUUCACUGCACGUAACGAUCAAGUUGACAUGAUGAAGCCAGAUAACACUGUAAUUCUCCGGAAUGCGAAAAUUGACAUGUUCAAAGGGUCUAUGAGGCUAGCUGUUGAUAAAUGGGGCCGCAUUGAGGUAACCGAACCUGCAAAGUUUGAGGUCAAAGAGGAUAACAAUCUAUCCCUUAUCGAGUAUGAGCUGGUAAAUGUUGUUGAAUAA